CCCAUCUCCCAACCAUCCAACGACGAAGAAGAGGAAGGCAAAGGAAGAAGGAAACCCAUCUGCGUCGCCCUAAAGGUCGUGGCAAGGAGAUGGAAGAAGACAGAGAUCUGUAAGCAAUCUUCCAUCGCCUGCCCUCCUCUUGUAGCUCCAGUUGCGGCGUAGAAGAAAGGGGGGCGAUGAUUGGGAAGCCCGCCUUCGGCAAGGGCAAACCCGGCAGCAGCGGCGGGAGCGACCAACAGGGCAACGCUCGCUUCCUUCACGAGAUCGAAGCCCUCAGCAAAGCCCUAUCCGUCGACCCCAAGCAGCCCCGACACCCACGGUCCUCCUCCGACGACCGCCGGUCCAUCUCCGCCGGCCGAUCUCACCUCAAGGCCCCCUCCAAUCCCAAACCCUCCUCCUCCGACAAGCAGAAGGAUAAGAAGAAGCCCGGGUCUUCGUCCCUUUGGGGCUGGAACCCUAUCAAGAAGGCCCUCUCCCACAUCGGCGGCCACCGCCGCUUCGACUGCUGCUUUUCCCUCCAUGUCCAUUCUAUCGAGGGCCUCCCGGCGGCCCUCGCUGGUGCCUCGCUCGCUGUGUACUGGCGCCGCACCACCGACCCCGUUUCCUCCGCCGCCGCCACUCGCCCGGCCCGCGUCCUCCAUGGCGCUGCUCUGUUUGGGGAAAGCCUCACCUACCGCUGCUCCGUGCACGGCGCCCGCAGCGGGCCGGGCGGCACGGCCAAGUAUGAGGCGCGGCACUUCCUGAUCUACCCCGCUCUCACGGUCGGCGCCCCUGGGCUGGACCUCGGGCGCCACCUGGUGGACCUCACCCGCGUGCUGCCAGCCACACUCGAGGAGCUCGAGGAUGCAGAGAAGGCGUUCGGCAAGUGGAGCACGAGCUACCGGCUUUCGGGUAAGGCAAGGGGAGCAUCCCUCAAUGUCAGCUUUGGGUUCUCACUGGUGGGAAAUAAUUCUGUGGAUGCCGGCGCACGAGAGAGGGAGGGGUCCAGAAUGUUGAAUUCGGAGGAAGGAGGGCUCGAUAAGGUCAAUUGGCAGGGCCCGAUGGCUCCUGCGGGAAGCCGGCUUCAACAUCAUGGCCGGUGCCAGUCAGUGAAGGAUGUUAAGGUACUUCAUGAGGUCUUACCGAGCUCCAAGUCAGAUGCCUUGGCCUUGGCUAAUUUUGAGAGGCAAGCGAAGCCAGAGAAGUCCAAUGACUCUAAGGAACUUCCAACUUUGGAUGCUGAUGCAAAGCGAGAGCUUCAGAUCAUUGUGGAACAGAUUCAAUCUACAGAGUUGAGGACUUGCUUAGUAUCAGAGCUCUUGGAAGGAACUGAGGAAGAGCCUCAGCUCUUGGACGGAAUUGAGGUGGAGUCACAUCUGCCGAAGCCUUGUAUUUUGCCGGAGGCUAUCAAAGGAAGUGAUGAACGGGAGUGCGAUGAGCCCAAAUUCAUGGUGAUCGAACACGGGGUAGAGAUUGUAUCAAAAGACUGGACUUGCAAAACCAGUGGUGACAUUGAGAUUGACGAGUCUGCUGGUGAUGACGAAGCGGGUGAGGCCAGAAAGGAAGGACUGGAUGCGAAACCAGAAGAACCAGUUGCGGAAAUGGCUCAGCAGGAAAGCCAUAAUCUGCAUGAUGCUUCAUUGUUGACUGGUGAGGCCAAAAUGGAAGAAGGGUCAGAUAUGAAGAUACAUGAACCCGAUGCGGAAGAAGCUGAGCAUGACAUCUAUAAUCCACAAGAGGCCACAUUGUUGGUUGUGGAUCCACCGGUGCAAGACCUAGAUUCUAUCUUUGGUGAGCUCUCGGUUCUUGAAUUAGGGGAAUUUGAGUCUCCAGAUAUCCAAGGCGAACCAACCAAGCAACUGAGUCAUGGGGACAUUAAGUCUAACUACAAGAUGGCAAAUUUGCUGAGCAGGUCCCGUAGCUUAGAUGCUGUCACAGAGUCUGUUGCCAGUGAAUUCUUAAGCAUGCUAGGUAUAGAGCAUAGUCCUUUCGGAUUGAGUUCGGACAGUGAUCCAGAUUCACCAAGGGAGCGGUUGUGGAAGCAAUUUGAGAAGGAAUCACUAGCUUCAGGUGAUAAUAUCUUUGGUCUUGAUGCUGGAAUGGAGAAGCAGCCCUAUUGGGAUGAACUUUCAGAUGGUCUUGAUCUCUCAGUAAUUAUUCAAGAAGCUGAGACAGAGCUUCAGAACGCGGAACUGGCAAUGAACAACAUGAAAUCCAGGGCUAAAAUGCUGGAAGAUGCAGAAACAGAAGCUUUGAUGCAUGCAUGGGGCUUGAAUGAAGAGGCCUUUCAUUGCUCUCCGCCUGGGAGCGGCGGUGGAUUUGGUAGUCCCAUCGACCUCCCUCCGGAAGAGCCACUUGAGUUGCCACUGCUUGGUGAGGGCUUGGGUCCUAUUGUUCAAACAAAAGAUGGAGGUUUUUUGCGGUCCAUGAACCCUUUGAUGUUUAGGAACGCAAAGAACAAAGAGAACUUGAUCAUGCAGGUGUCCAGCCCCAUUGUGGUUCCUGCAGAAAUGGGUUCUGGGAUCAUGGAGAUAUUGCAGCGAUUAGCUUCAGUGGGCAUUGAAAAACUAUCAAGGCAAGCAAGCAAGCUGAUGCCGCUAGAAGAUAUCACUGGUAAGACAAUGCAACAGAUAGCCUGGGAUUCUGCAACUGCUCUGGAUUCUUGUGAAAGGAAUGACUUAUUAGAAAAUCAUUAUCCAGAAACAGGGUUGGCUGCUUCUCAUAAUGUCUCUGGGAGGAGGAAGAAAGGUAAUGGCAUGUCUCUAGCUUCCUCCAGCACUGGGGAAAUGAUAUCUGAAUAUGUUUCACUGGAGGAUCUAGCUCCAAUGGCAAUGGAUAAGAUUGAAGCCCUUUCAAUUGAGGGGUUGAGAAUACAGACAGGCAUGUCUGAUGAAGAAGCACCUUCAAAUGUUAGCCCCCAGUCUAUCGGAGAAAUUUCAGCAUUGGAAGGAAAAGGAGCCGACAAUAGCUGGUCUCUAGGUCUGGAAGGCACAGCUGGAUUACAGCUUUUGGACAUUAAAGACAGCGGGCACGAUGUAGAUGGCUUAAUGGGUUUGUCUAUAACACUAGAUGAGUGGAUGAAGCUUGAUUCAGGCAUAAUUGAUGAGGAAGAUCAGGACAGUGAUCGAACAUCGAAGAUUCUGGCAGCCCAUCAUGCUAAUUCAAUGGACUUGAUUUGUGGUGAGUGGAAGGAAGACAAGAGAGGUAGGAAAAAAUCUGGUAGAAAGUGGGGAUUGUUGGGGAAUAACUUCACUGUUGCUCUGAUGGUACAGCUCCGGAAUCCCUUAAGGAACUAUGAGCCAGUGGGCACGCCAAUGCUUGCUUUAAUUCAAGUUGAGCGAGUUUUUGUUCCCCCGAAACCUAAAAUAUACAGCACUGUUUCAGAAAAGGGAAACAGUGAACAAGAAGAUGAGGUUGAGACUGAAAGCAAACCAUUGACCAAGGAGGAGAAACAUGAGGAAGAGGUCAUUCCUCAGUACAAAAUCACUGAGGUACAUGUUGCGGGUCUAAAAACAGAACCUAACAAGAGAAGUCUUUGGGGUAAUCCCAAGCAACAACAGUCUGGUUCUAGGUGGUUGCUUGCUACUGGAAUGGGCAAGAGUAAUAAGCAUCCGUUUAUGAAGUCGAAGACAGUUGCAAAACCUUCUCAAGACAUGACAGCCAAAGUGCAGCCAGGAGAUACUCUUUGGAGCAUUUCUUCACGUGUUCAUGGCAGUGGGGCCAAAUGGAAAGAGCUAGCGGCUCUGAACCCUCACAUAAGGAACCCUAAUAUCAUCUUCCCGAAUGAAACUAUUAAGCUGCGUUGAGUACAGUAAGCACAUGGUAAAACACUAUCACAUGAGCCUUUUGUACAGAGGGCAGAUGGGUUGCAUGGGGUGCAUUGUCGUUCAUCGUUUGGUUUCUGCAGCUUAAUAUUACGGGCACCUGUCAUGCCUGGAUUCCAUAUUGUAAGGACUAAAUAUGGUUGCAUUUCAUCGUUGAGUUUCUUGUUGCACAUACUUUCGAAAACAAAUCUUAAUAGCCAUGCAGGCAAUUUAUGUAACUAAGCAUCUUUCUAUAAAUAGAUCUGCAUUGUUUGUGUCUA